AAGGGCCUUAAUACUAAUGACCCACUUUCCCAAGGAUGAAGCUACUGCAUUACGAGCCCUAGAUGCUGUAGUAGAAGCAUUAGAGGAUACUGAUACCCAUAUAAGUACGCAAUAUUCUCCAAUCACUUUGACCCCUUCUAACGGAACAACAGUCUGUCGGCCGAUGCUCGAGCGCCGCUUAUGUCGUCUUGAGAAGCGUCUUGGGCACUCUUCAGAAGAGCGACAUACAUCGGAAGGCAAACUUAUGGAAGCUAUCCAUGUCGUCAUCCAAGGUAUCAGAAUCCAUAGUAGGGCGGCCGGCCUUAUUCUCGAUCGGAUGGGAAGGAGUGUGAAGAAGAUACCAGCUGCGUCCUCGAAUGGCCAAAACAUAACGCGCUUCCUAUCUUCGCCUGCACGUCCAGACCAAAGUCCUUGCAAGGUCUCACUCAAAGAGAAAGAAGACAACGAGAAAUGGCCGAAGGGUAAAAGUAUCUGGAGUGGGCGAAAUGGGGAAGCUGUCAAUGUUGAAACAUUUGCUCUUCAGUAUUACGAAGAUAUGGGGUUUAAAGGAGUACACUGCGAAACCCGAGUGAUCCACAUGCUAUUUGGUCUUCUAUUUUGGGAUAUCAUCUUCGCCCCAGUUCCAGGUGCAUUUGAAACGCCUUUUCAAUCUGCGCCUUUGGAUAUCGCAGAAGAUUCCUUCUAUCAUUCUCGCAAAGAAAUCAUCGAGCAGCGCCUCGAAGAGCUCGAAUCGGGGAAGGCACAGGAUAUCAUCGGGAGAACGGAUGACGAAUAUAGACCCAACGGAACUUACUGUGUUGGUGUGAGAUGGGAUCUAUUCACGAAACAGGACCUCAUCGAGAUUGUCACAUGCUUAGGUGGGACUGCCUUGUCCGUGAUUUGUCGACUUCUCUGUGAGGAUUAUGCCGGAAGAGGAUCUGGAGGGCCAGACUUGUUCAUCUGGGAUGCCCAGAAAACAUUGUGCAAGUUUGUUGAAGUGAAAGGUCCGGGUGAUUCACUUCAAGAAAACCAGAAGGUUUGGAUUGACGUCCUUCUCAGAGCCUCAGUAGCAGUUGAAGUCUGUCGUGUCAAAGAAGAAGGAGAGGUUCCAGAGACGAGUUUUGGCAAGGGGAAGAAAAGAAAA